AUAGUAUCAAAUCUUCAUCUACAACUAGACGAUCCUCCUCCACUUCCACUUUUGAUUCCAUUGAUUUCAACAACUUCACAAUUCAAUCGUUUCAACAGCAACAUCAGAUUCCAUUGAUUUCAACAACUUCUGAUCAUCCUCAAUCCUGUUUCAUUCAUCAAUGGCCGGAAUCGCUUUGUUUAUGGAUCUAUUGCGGAAAAACCCUAGACUCAACGGUCAAAACCUGCAUUCCACCGGUCUAUACUCGGCCGCACUCGCCACCGCCUCCUCAUCCGCCGCCGGUUAUCUCGCCGCCGGUUCUCCUUUUGUUUCAUUCGGUUUUAGCGGGAAACAAUUUGCUUAUUGUGAUGCUGGUGUUACUCCAUCUCUUUCGACCGAAGAUUACCUUACUAGUUUAAGAACCACAGCCGAAACAAUCUUGAGGCAUGACACCUUCGACUACACCACAAAACAAUAUUCCAUCGAGCUAAAGCCAUUGUUCUCAGCUUUCCAGCCGAGAUCCUUUGCAUUGACAUCGUUGAGGUCGUUCUUACUGUUUUAUUUGCCAGUUUUGGUACCUAAAGUUGAAGAUGACGAUGAUGAUUUCUUACCCGAUUCUUCCGAUGAGCAUCAUGUGGAUUUAGUUGUACCCUUGAAGAAAUCCGUAAAGCAAAUUCUUCGUGAAACAAGUGUUGUUACUACUAGACGUGUUCUGGAACGGCUUGCGGUUCACCAUUUUUCACAGCGUGCUGCGUGGAAGCUUCUUAAAGAUGUCCCAAAGUCUGCCAUGCGCAAAGCUAAUAGAGGAAUGCCGAUUUACACAUACUUUUUUUGUGUCAGCAGAACAACAUUUAGAGGUCACUUUUUAGGAGUUGCCGCAUCAUGGCUUGUUCAAGUUGGGAUUGAGUGUUACCGUUUUGUUCGUGAUAUCUUAAAAUCUAACAAAGGGGAAGAUGCUGAUGUUGACUUUGACCAAUCCGAACGAGUCAAAGUUCUUGGCAAAAAGGUGUGUGGUGCCACGGUUAGGUGUGGUGCGUCACUAGUUUUUGCAUCCAUUGGAGCCGGGAUCGGUGCAACCCUUUUCCGCCCGUCAUCUGGUCAAUCGAUUGGGUGUUUGCUUGGUGACAUGGCCGGGCCUAUCAUCGUAACGUUUUGUUUUUCCAAUGUUUCUCAUUUGGAACUUUAGAGCAUUUGUUUUGGUUUCUGCGGUUUGACAAAAAUGUUCAUAACAAGAAUUUUUUUGUAACAAUUGUCGGUGAAACGAUAGGGAGAUACAUGGGGUCGUUACGUUUUUGAGCUUCAUUAUGUGCAACCAACUAUAUUAACAAUUAUUUAUUCCAGAAGAUCUUGAACUUGUUAUAGUC